AUGGGGAAGGAGAAGAAAACAGAGUCGUAUGACAAUGGGAGUUACAAUUACAAGAUGUUCAAAUGCUUCAACCGUAAAUUCAAGAUCAACGAAGUCCAACCCACCGACGACGUCCGUGACGCCUUCUGUCAAUUCGCCGUCGGCAGCGGCGGAGGAGGCGACGGAGAUUCCAGCGACGGCGACGGAUCCUCCGGUGUAAUCGGUGCAGAGCAGCUCUGCUGUUUCCUCGAUGACCACCAAGGCGAAUCAGGAACCACCGUCGCGGAGGCUCAACGGUUAAUCGACGAGGUCAUACGACGGAGACACCACGCCACGCGCUUCACGCGACAAGGGCUCGACCUCGACGAUUUCUUCAAUUUCCUCUUCUAUGACGAUCUCAAUCCUCCCAUCACGCCUCACGUGCAUCAAGACAUGACAGCUCCAUUGUCGCAUUACUUUAUAUACACAGGACACAAUUCGUAUCUUACAGGGAAUCAACUAAGCAGCGAUUGCAGCGAAGUCCCUGUGAUCAAAGCUUUGCAAAGAGGAGUUCGAGUUAUCGAGCUUGAUCUUUGGCCGAACUCUACUGGAACAGACAUCAAUGUCCUUCACGGAAGAACGCUCACAACGCCUGUGCCGCUGAUCAAAUGCUUGAAAUCGAUUAGAGAUUACGCGUUUUCUAGCUCGCCUUAUCCGGUUAUCAUCACUUUAGAGGAUCAUCUUACAGCUGAUCUUCAAGCCAAAGUCGCUGAGAUGGCUACGCAGAUAUUUGGGCAGAUGUUGUAUUACCCUGAAUCGGAUAGCUUAGAAGAGUUUCCUUCUCCUGCUUCAUUGCUUCAUCGGAUAAUCAUCUCGACUAAACCACCUAAAGAGUAUCUUGAAUCGAGGAACCCGAUUGUUAAACAGAAGGAUAAUAGUAAUGCAUCUCCGUCUUCAGAGGACGAAACACCUAGAACAGAGGAGAUUCAGACACUAGAAAGUAUGUUGUUUUACCAAGAUUGUGAAAACAAGAGUGAUAGUGAUCAAGAGGACGAAGAAGCGAGUGAAGAUCAGAAACCAGCAUACAAAAGGUUGAUCACGAUUCAUGCCGGGAAACCAAAGGGAACUGUGAAAGAAGAGAUGAAAGUUGUGGUUGAUAAAGUGAGACGUUUGAGUUUAAGCGAGCAGGAACUUGACAGGACUUGUUCAUCCAACAGUCAGGAUGUUGUAAGGUUUACACAGCGGAAUUUGCUUCGGAUAUACCCGAAAGGGACAAGAUUUAACUCCUCAAACUACAAACCGCUUAUCGGUUGGACUCACGGAGCACAAAUGAUUGCAUUCAAUAUGCAGGGAUAUGGGAAAUCUCUGUGGUUGAUGCACGGCAUGUUUAGAGCCAAUGGAGGUUGCGGAUAUGUCAAGAAACCUAACUUCUUGAUGAAGAAAGGGUUUCAUGACGAAGUCUUUGACCCUAAGAAGAAACUCCCUGUGAAAGAAACUUUAAAGGUGAAAGUGUAUAUGGGAGAUGGAUGGCGUCUAGAUUUCAGUCACACUCAUUUCGACGCAUAUUCUCCUCCUGAUUUCUACACUAAGAUGUUCAUAGUGGGUGUACCAGCGGAUAAUGCAAAGAGGAAGACAAAAAUAAUCGAAGACAAUUGGUAUCCAAUUUGGGAUGAGGAAUUCAGUUUUCCAUUAACAGUUCCAGAGCUUGCAUUGCUUAGGAUCGAAGUCAGAGAGUAUGAUAUGUCUGAGAAGGAUGACUUUGGGGGACAAACAUGUUUGCCUGUGUCAGAACUAAGACCGGGGAUUCGAUCUGUGCCUUUGUAUGACAAGAAGGGGGAGAAAAUGAAAUCAGUACGGCUUCUGAUGCGUUUCAUCUUCGAAUGA